AUGGUUAAAGUAAAAGAGAAAGAUUUGAUUCUUCAUGGAGACGUCGAACAACAUGGUCAGAUAACACAGGGUGAAUGGUACUUAAGAAGUCAUAGGAGAGAAGUUUACGAUGACUCGUUAAAUCAGGACGAAAACAUACGGAAAGAAUUUAAAGAAGUAAUCAGCUCCCUGAGUGCUGGAGCAGUCGCUGGAGCUGUUGCAAAGACGACAAUCGCGCCUUUGGAUCGAACGAAGAUCAUCUUUCAAAGUAAGUUCGACAGAUGACUCACUUGUUCGAGCAUGAGAACCAAUCAGCGAUUAUUGACUUAUUAAAACUAUAAAGCUUUGGUUAUUACUAUUAUGGCUUUUCCCUGCAUUAUUUACAUUGAAGCCCAUACAUUUUUUCAUUUUUUUUCGGUUGUAUAUACUUUCAAUUCAUGUGAAAAAUUUGAAAGGUGUAUAACAAAUAUAUAUUGAUUAGCACGUCUUGGGUUUAGAGUUGUUGUACACGUGCAUUUUGGGACCAGUGUGUAUGCUUGUUACGCCUGGACCAAAACGGAUAGGAGUUGACGAAAAUUUAAAAAAAAUCUUGAGCAUAUGAAAGUCAGUGAGGCUAAAUAACGACGUUUGAAGUUGUUUUUUCCAAACAUCCUAAUGAAAUCUCAAAUGAAGAAUCAGUCUCUAAGCUAGAGUGUGAUCUUGAUUGUGUGUCGGAGAUUGAUUUUAAACUCUCACCGGCUUUUGUUGUUAUUUGGGUCAAACUUAAAGGGUUUGCUAGCGCCUUGUGGAAGCUACAGCCAUUUUUGAAAAUUUCUGUCAUUACUCACAGAAAAAAUAGUAAUAUUUGUGGAGUAAUAAAUCAUUAUAUUUUGUCUUAUUUCUUUUUCAACUCUUAUUAUUGUUCAGUACAAUGUCAAAUGACCCCUAGCUUUCUCCUCAUCUUCAUGUCAAAUCCUCUGAUGCCUGCAAUUAUUGUGACAGUUAUUUUCUUCUUUUCUAGCCUCCAACAGACAGUUCUCAGUAAAGGUAAGCCAGUAAGAAAUAUAAAAGCAACACAAAUGCAGAGAUGCCAACAACCACCCCCUCCCCACUUCGACCCUGACCCCCCAAUAAGCACAGUUAGAUCCAGUCUCUAAUUUAUCACAUGGGAAUGGCUUAGGACAUUACAUGAAGUCUUACAUGAGGCACAGACCAUCCAAAUUCCCUUUUAUUAUGGCAAUGGAAAUAAUCUUUGUCAGUGAUGAAGUACGUGUACAUGCAAAAAUGCCCCAGUAACAAACUAUGAAUAAAAGAAUUUGAAUUUUGGCAGAAAAUGGGAUAAAUUCCAAAUUAAAGCACAGAAAAGCUAAUAAAUCAAUUUUUUGUGGGAGAUUGGAGACCGGACGAUUAAUGUUGUUUCCAGGAGACUCCCACAUAAUCUGGGAGAGUUGGCAUAUAUGCAAAUGUAAGAGUGAAUUUUACAUCAUUAAGUUCUGAGGGCAUCAGAUCUUCUUGACAAAAUAAUAGACAGCUACUUUUGCCCACCAUAGUAUGGUAAUGUGAUUUGUGUAACUUCUUCUUCAAAAGUUGAUGGACAUUGUACUUGAUAGCUUCACAGAAGUUAAUCUUUCUAGAAAUAAAAAUUAAAUCUUUAUCAUAAUAAAUAACAAAUAUAAUAUUGGGGAAGGAAUGCAACCAGUAACAAUGUGCAUUCUGCUAAAACUUAAUAAUAAUACAACUCUAGGAAAGUGAUCAUUGUUGUUGUAAUAAAGUUCGUAUGUAACAGGCACUCCGAUUGGUUAGAAAGCAUGCUUUAUGAGAGUAUAAAAAUGGAGCUACAUGUAAAGCUGUCACAUCAUCUGCCAUUAUAUGUAGUUCAUUUUGAAAUUACAAGAAAAGUGAUGUGUGGGGAAUUUAAUGAAUUCUUCAUGAGGGGGACAUUGGGGAGUACCCAAUACCACAAAACCGUAAGAAAAACUGGCAAACACUAAAUUACUGUGUCAAAAAUCGACGAAAUACUGAUAUCGCAUUUGUGAUCGGUCACACUUAUAACAGUUAACCCAUUCGCCCCUGAGCUGCCUGUAACCGCCCAUGCGGAUCCAUGUCCCUUCUAUCGCUUAUCAGUUUUAAUGGUCAAAGACAAUUUUGUCCACUAACGUGUGCAGAGUGAAGGGAUCUUCCAAACCACACCAGAAUGAGCACAAUUCAGUCAAGGACACUGGAGAAAAAGGCAAAAAACCAUAUAGCGUUGACCCAAAAAUUACCAUGAAAAUGUUGUUCCACUACCCACCUAUCUUUCCUUUCAGCUAAUCCUAAGAUCCUAAAAGCUUUCCUAAAAACUUUUCCCAACAAAAUGAAGCCUACCAAAUGCCCAGCAAAAGAAAACAAAAAUGAGGCAAGAAAAGCAAAAAAAGAGGGGAGGAGAGAAAGUGAAAAGUAAAAUUGAAGACCUGCUGAAAUUUUGCUUUCUGCGCAUACCUGAACUUCGCAAGCUAGUAUUUUGCUUCUGGGUCAGAAGGCUGCGAAGUGUAUGACAGGGUUGUCAGUAAGAGCCAGGGGCCAGGGAUUUUCCCUGGCUACUAAGAGAAUGGCCCGUGGCUUCUUUUAUUGGAAAAUAGAAGAAAAAAAACCAAAAGAAAUCCCUAGCCGUUUGAUUCCGUGCCUGCUUGUUGUAUUCACCUGGCAACUUGAAAUCUUAGUAAACAACCCUGGUACGACGUGCAAAUCGCUUUGUGUUAUGUUUUAGCUCUUUAUAGCAUGACAGUGACUAGGAAACCACUCGACUAGGCUGCUUCAAAACACAUUUUUCGGCAAAAUCUGUAGGGGCGAAUGGGUUAAAGUUUUAUCUAUCUUGUGUGUUUGUUUUCCCCAAGCAUGUACCAGAAAUUAACCUCACCCAUAAUUCAAGAAAACAUGAGAAGACUUUGAAUUUGUUGGUAAACACAGAUUGAAAAGCCUGGUCACUGGAUGCAACAGCAGUUUCAAUGUAGAUUAACUUUCAGAAAUUAUGUAAUCAUUUACCAUUAUGUCUGACACCUUAAAAAUAUUAACUCUUAUUGACCUGUAUAGCUUACUGUGUUUUAUGUUGCUUAUUGUAUUGACCUGUGUUAGACAGCACAGUGCAAAUAAACAGUAGUGCAAUACCAUCAAGGAUCUUCUUUUACCGAAUAUUGUCAGCCAAAAGGUUGAAAAACUGCAUACUGCAAGGCUAGAUGAUACCGGAGUACCUCACAUUAAAUUGAAAAUUACCAAAAUACCAGUUGAAAAAAGCUCAAUACCAUAAAGCCACAUGUCCCCCUACUUUAUCAUGAAAUAAAUAAAGAAGCCUUGACUGUGCUCUGCUCUGUUGUAAAGCCCUUAGGAAGCAGCUAGAGCACUCAAGAAGUAGGGACAAACACUUGACUACUUCUCAUGUUUCCACAACAUUUCUUUCAUGCUCUAGCCACCCCCUGAAGGCUUUACAACAAAACAGAGCACAGUCAAGGCUUCUUCAUUUGUGAAAUGUAAUUCAUAUUUUUGUUGUUGUUGUUGUUGUUUAACUGCCAUACUCUUAAGUUCUAAUGCUUAUUUCACAUCUGCUUUCUUAUUAAGGGAGCUGUUAGUGUCUUAAGACAAACUCUUGUAGAGAAUGGAUUUCUUGGCCUCUUCCGAGGAAACAGUGCAACAAUGGCACGUAUCAUUCCAUAUGCUUCAUUACAGUUCACUGCACAUGAGCAGUACAAAAUGCUUUUGAGAACAGACAGUAAGAAAGGGUGGGUAGAUUUGUUAUAUUUUGUAUACUACAUACUUGUACAUGUACCUUAAUCAGGGAUACUCAGCCAAAGAAAAGAAAGGAAAGAAAGUCUAGUUGAAAUGGGGGGAGGGUUGGGGGAGAUCUAUGCACUUCCUGAUAUUUUGCAACAGAAGAAUAUGGUAGUGUUUGUCUUUUGGCCAGAUGAAAACCAGAAAAAAAAAACAGAAAACCAGAAAACCACUCAAUGAGAUUGAGUGUAGCUUCAACCCACAUCUUUUCACAAAAUCUCUUCUGCAGCACUAAAUUUGUUGCAUUUUUAGAAAUCCCUUUUCGUUUGGCACACGUUGGGAUACUUUUCAUCUUGUUCAAAUUUUACGAUCAUUUAAAUUUAUGUGACUAGUGGUACCAAGGUCUCAGUCAAAAGGAUGUCCAGGCCUCACCCAGAUUAUCUGAUGCAGAUAUCUAUUGUAGCAUAGGAGCCAGGCUACUAUCUUGUUAACAUGACAUUGUUAUGAAUGGCUUGAGGCACUCAAAAUUUUGACUGAUUGCCUGAUGCGCUUUUUGUAUUUCAGGCCAUUACCUCCUGUGCGCCGAUUUUUAGCAGGAUCUAUGGCUGGGAUAACUGCUGCAUUGUUUACAUAUCCUCUUGAUUUGAUCCGUGCCAGAUUAGCCAUCACACAGAAAAACAGGUAAUAUUUUAUGCAAGGUGUAACAAAAUCAGGAUCCACCUGCCCCAGUGGUUUUGGCUUGUGGACAAGUUAGGUUAUCAAUCUUACUUUUCUGUGAACAAGGUAAUCUUUAGAAAGUAAUUUUGACUACAGGGUUCUUAUAGUUUACAGUUAGGUAUUUGCGAGAGUAAAACUGAUCGCUGUUCAUAAAAGCAACUUACAUUAUCUACCAGUUAGAAAUGGACUUUUACGGUGAAGGGAAACAAGAUACUCUUUCACUUAACGUGGACUCAUCUGAAUUUUCCACAAUGGUUUUCACCUUUAGGGAAAGACGAAUCAUAAUAAUAAUAAUCUUAAAUCAACACGAGAUCAAGGUAAAAAAAGGUAAUGGGGCAAAUAAGCCAAGAAGGCCCACACCUUUUUGUGGAAUAAAGUUUCCAGUUGCACCUCCCCGUCUCAUGGGAUGUUAGUUCAUUGUAGAGUACCCAGCGGGUGUUUAAGCAGUGCCUUUUUAGGUGUAUACCGUUGGGUGGAAUGUUACAAAGGAAAGUGCAAUCAUAAACAUGAGAUCAAGGUAAAAGAAAAAGGUAAAAGCCAAGGAAGCCCUCAUGGCCAGAGCUUAACUUGGUUCCUCUAGCAUGAAGUACCUUGAAGUCUUGUUAACUCCCACCUUCCCCCGGGUGGAAUGUUACUUCCUUGUGGAAUUACUCAAGGGGUGUGUCACCCAUAACUAUUAUACUCUUGGGUGGAAAGUGACAAAAUGAAGAAGAGUUUUUUGUUAAAUAAGGCCAACAAUGCAAUAGCAAGCUUUGAUUUCAAAACUACAAAUGUAAAGUUUGAGUUGUAAAUCGCUUUGCUGCCAUGACUCCACCAUAUUUGACAGCCUUCUAUUAAUUCAGAACAUGUCUUUGUGUUUAGGUACAAAGGACUUAUGAAUAUUAUAACCAAAAUCUACAUAGAAGAAGGAAUCAUAGCAUACUACAAAGGACUACUUCCCACUGUCUUAGGAAUUAUGCCCUAUGCAGGAAUAAGCUUCUUCACAUACGAAACACUAAAGAAGCUCUAUUAUGACCACUUUCAAGACUCUCGGCAAUUAAAUCCUUUACACAGACUUUCCUUUGGUGCCUGUGCAGGACUUUUUGGCCAGUGCGCCACAUACCCAUUGGACAUAAUUCGCCGGCGAAUGCAGACAAAUGGAAUUUUGGGACCUCCGAGGCCGGAGUAUCGUAAAAUGUGGACCACAGCAAAGUAUGUGUAUACCACUGAAGGAUUAAGGAAGGGCCUUUACAAGGGUCUUAGUAUGAAUUGGGUAAAAGGACCUAUUGCUGUUGGAGUUAGUUUUACUACUUUCGAUUUGUUGCAUGGCUUCUUCCAGAGACGUUUUAUCCAAACCACUGAUGAGUGAGAAGAAGCGGAAUGCUUUACAUGGAAUAUAUCAUUGUACCAUGGAUCUCGAAUAUAAUGAUGAUUAUUUAACAUCUGAAAACAAUGUUUGAACGGAAGUCAUCUUGCCUCGUAGUUGGCGUCACAGUAAAAAACAAGAACAAUUUUGGAACAAGUCAUUUGCUUCAAGAGAUCUUAUGAAGCCUUGCUACCUUGCUCCUCCUCAAAGAACGAUGCAAUUGUGACAAUUAAAAUCAAUUAGGCAACAUUGUUUAUUUGCAAAGUUAAUUUGUUUUCCUCGAAAAUGUUGACUAUUUUGCAUCUUGUCUUUCUUGAUGUUCAAUUAAUUCCUCUUUUCAAUCAAUUUUUGCCAAGCUACAAAUAUGUACGUGUAGUAAACGUUUUAUAAACAUUUUUUUAAGCAAAACAGUGCAGCAUUUAACAAGACAACAUUAAGGAGUCAAGUUAAGUUUGUUGUCUGCCAUUUUGUCAGAGGGCAGUAAUAACUCCAAUCACCAAUGACAAUCACACAGAUCCCUUUGAGAAGUUGAGAAAUCAGACUGCUAUCCCCGUAGUGAUUUGCACUGUCUGUGAUUUCAGCCUGGGUCAUUCGACUUGCCAGGGACUCUUCUGAUAGCCUGUUUUACGCGUUCGGAUAGUAGAGCGCGGAAGAAAAA